UUUCUGUGUGUUCAAGAGUACGUCGGAGGGGCUGUUUUUUUUUUCUUUUUUUCUCCAUUAACAUGAUCAACAAGCGUGCAUGAGUGCUUAGGUUACUGAUUACAGGUGAUGUUAUAAUUUGAGAUAAGGUUCGAGACCAGGCGCAAAGUCCUGCCAGGUACAAAGAGUCUGCAGUUCUUGUUCACAUCCCUCUUUGGAGCGCUGCUGGUUCUCAGGGUUGCGUGAAAACACGGCAGCAUCAUGAGUGUAGAGUCCACCAAGCCGCGUGAUGCUCGCUGCUCCAAGCUCAAGCUCUUUCUGGCCUCGAUGGCCUUUGCGUACUUCGGCAAAGCUUUUGGUGGCGCCUACAUGAAGAGCUCCAUCACCCAGAUUGAAAGACGCUUUGACAUCCCCAGCUCUCUCAUCGGGGUGAUCGACGGCAGCUUCGAGAUGGGAAACUUAUUGGUAAUCGCUUUCGUGAGUUACUUCGGCGCUAAGCUCCAUCGUCCCAGACUGAUUGGGAUUGGCUGCUUGAUCAUGGCUGCUGGCUCCUUCCUCAUUAGUCUUCCUCACUUUCUUCAGGGCCCGUAUAAAUACGAGACCAGUAUGACUCACGGUACCGAUACCAACGGUACCGAGAGCAUCGCGCCAUGUUCGUCCAAUCGUAGUUUGACCGACGACGAACCGGAUUUAGCAGCCCGAGCAGGUAAAGCAGAUGGCGAGCGAUCACUUACAAUAUCAAUAACUUCCCGUUUUAAAUCUUAUUUAGAUUGUGAGAAAGCUGCCGGUUCGUCCAUGUGGAUUUAUGUGUUCCUUGGGAACAUGCUGCGAGGAAUUGGCGAGACCCCCAUCAUGCCUCUGGGAGUUUCCUACCUGGAUGAUUUUUCCAAAGAAGAGAACACACCUUUCUAUUUGGCCUGCAUCCAUACGACGGGAAUUCUAGGCCCCAUGUUUGGCUACAUGAUGGGAUCCUUCCUCGCCAAGAUCUACGUGGACAUUGGAUUCGUAAAUUUAGAUAGCGUGACCAUCAACUACAAGGACUCCCGCUGGGUCGGGGCAUGGUGGUUGGGCUUCAUCGCUACUGGCACGGUUAUUUUGCUCUCCAGUAUCCCUUUCUGGUUCCUGCCCAAGUCUCUUCCCAAGCAAGGGAAGGAGGACCAGAGCAAAAGUCUAGAACUCAACGCAGAUGCAGAGCAGGAUCAUUUCCUCACGGAUCAGGAUCACGAAGAGAAAGAAAUGACGUUUGCGGAGAUGGCUAAAGAUUUCAUUCCAUCUUUGAGGAGACUCUUCAGAAACAGCAUUUAUUCCUUGAUGAUCCUCACCUACCUGGUGGCCGUCAACGGUUUCAUGGGCAUGAUCACCUUCAAGCCAAAGUUCAUGGAGCAAAUCUACGGCCAGUCGGCCUCCAAGGCCAUUUUCGUCAUAGGUAUAUUCAACUUGCCGGCAGUGGCCUUGGGCAUCAUUACCGGAGGUUUCGUUAUGAAGCGUUUCAAACUGGGCGUGAUCGGGGCGGCCAGGGUUUCCAUCACGGCGUCAGUCGCCUCCUUUUGUCUGCUGGUCGUGCAGGUCUUCCUUCGUUGCGAGAACGCCGAAGUGGCCGGCCUCACCGUUACGUAUGAAGGAAUCCCGGACUUAUCCUACGAGCCGCAGACAUUGUUGUCCCAAUGCAACGCCGGCUGUUCUUGCUCGAUGAAGCAGUGGGAUCCGGUCUGCGCCUACAACGGGAUGACGUACGCCUCACCCUGCCUGGCUGGGUGUCAAACGUCCUCGGGCACUGGAAAGGAGAUGGUGUUCCAUAACUGCUCCUGUGUUAGCCAAAUGAUCCGUCCGAGUCAAAAUACGUCAGCGGUGUUGGGCCAGUGUUCCAGGAAAAGCGACUGCGACCGGAUUUUUAAAAUCUACAUGGCUCUGUCCGUGGUUGGUUCCUUCAUAUCGGCGUGCGGAGGCACCCCGGGGUACAUCGUGCUGCUCAGGUCCAUACAACCAGACUUGAAGGCUCUGGCUUUAGGAAUGCAGACGUUGAUCGUAAGGACUCUGGGUGGGAUACCUCCGCCGAUAUAUUUUGGGGCUCUGAUUGACCGGACCUGUUUGAAGUGGGGUACCAAGCAGUGCGGGGGCCGCGGCGCAUGUCGAUUUUACGAUGCCGAUGCGUUCAGGUGGACCUUCAUGGGGUUGAUCACUGGACUGUACUUCCUGUCCAACGUGAUGUGGGGAGGCUUGUAUCGGAAAAUCGUGCAGAGGCAGAAGAAGUUGGCAUUGAGGGAGCAAGCCAAGGAAAAAGAACGAGAGGAGAACAGAGUGAACGGACAUGCUAAAAUCAACAUAGCCCAAAACAAAGACAACACAGAAAAGGAGAGUACCAUUUAAAGAAUGCCGUCUUGUUUUUGUACUCAGAUUUGGCGCCAUCUGGUGACAUUUUGGUGGAAAACCAUUGCUGUAUUAGGAAAAGGUGAAAAGAUAUCAAUGUAACAAACAGGAACGGGAGAAUGAGGGGCGGAAAAAAAACACCCCAAAGUGUGUCAUAUCAUUUCGUUACAACUUCUGCCUUGUUACGCAACAUUAUGAAACGAGUGAGUCAAGACUUGAAUGUUUGGAAGUGUAUCACUGAGCAUUUUUGUAAUUACUUUACAGGAUAUAGACUGAGUCAAAUGUAUUUGUAUAGUGACAUCAUUUCUUUUUUUGUAUGUAUGGAAUGUUUCCUUAGAAAAAAGAAAUCACGGUUGUUUUCCCACA